AUGAGCUGUUUGGAUGUUAUGUACCCAGCCUAUGGACAUUACGCCUCGUACGCAGCCAACACUCCUGCUUUCAUCAACACACGACAGACUCCCUCUGGUGUGAACAGCACCUCACCUCCGUGCCGGGAUUUUAUGGACAAUCCCAGGUGUGCUGAGGGAAUGUCCGCCGUCCAGGGCACCGUGGGCGGAUCGGCGACCUCGUCUUCUUCAUCAGCGUCAUCUUCUUCUUCUUCCUCCUCUUCCUCGUCGUCCUCCUACACACCGGCUGCCCCGCGCCCUGACGAGGGCCCCAAGGACAAGCAGGAGGGCCCCGAGGCAGAGUAUCUGAGCUCGCGCUGUGUACUCUUCACCUACUACCAGGGGGACAUCAGCAGUGUGGUGGAUGAGCACUUCUCUCGGGCACUAAGCUCCUACAUGGACGGGGAGGGGAAGAGGCGGGCUUCGGAGCAACAGGGAUCAGACACGCCUUCGCCGAGCAGCCGACGAAGCUUCCCUCCAUCCUUCUGGGACAGUAACUACUCAUCGCCUCAAAGUCGCGCACACUGUGAGACAGCAGCUCCUUCCUAUUCCAUGGACCCCUACGCGUCAGGGCUGCACCCUGGCCUGCCUCAUCCGCACGCUCACCCUCACCCACACCCACACGCUCACCCUCACUCACACCCCCACCCAGCAGAGAGCUGGGGAUACACCCAAGCUCAGGCCUAUGGGCCCCCGAGGCCUCUCCAUGAACUGUACUCGCCCUCCGCUUUGGAGCCCCACUACGGGCCACUGCUCAUGCCUGCCGUUCGGCCGGCCCACCUGCCUACCUUGCCGAGCCACUACGAAGUAAGCAAGUUGGAACCCACGGCGUCCUGGCCCGGCCUGCUCCCCCCGGGAGAUGUGAGCCAGACACUAGCCCUCAACAUGGAUGCAGGCUUGCAGCAGCACAAGAAAGGCAAAGAGCUCUACUGGUUUUAA